AUGUCUUCGCUUAGCAGAGAACUGGUUUUUCUUAUACUUCAGUUUCUGGAUGAAGAGAAAUUCAAGGAUUCUGUUCAUAGGUUGGAGCAGGAAUCGGGUUUUUUCUUUAAUAUGAGGUAUUUCGAGGAAAUGGUAACGAAUGGGGAGUGGGAUGAGGUGGAAAAGUACUUGUCUGGUUUUACUAAGGUAGAUGAUAACCGAUACUCGAUGAAGAUCUUCUUUGAGAUACGGAAGCAGAAGUAUCUAGAAGCAUUAGACAAGCAAGAUCGAGCGAAAGCUGUGGAUAUUUUAGUGAAGGACUUGAAAGUGUUUGCGGCAUUUAAUGAAGAGCUUUUUAAGGAAAUUACACAGUUGUUGACUUUGGAUAACUUUAGGCAUAAUGAACAGUUGUCUAAGUACGGGGAUACAAAAUCUGCUAGAGGAAUAAUGCUCGCUGAACUGAAGAAACUAAUUGAAGCGAACCCUUUGUUUCGUGAGAAGUUGCAAUUUCCUUCCUUGAAAAACUCCAGACUGCGGACUCUAAUCAAUCAGAGUUUAAAUUGGCAGCAUCAACUUUGUAAGAACCCAAGGCCUAAUCCUGACAUAAAGACCCUUUUUAUUGACCAUAGUUGUGGGCAACCAAAUGGUGCACGGGCUCCAUCCCCUGUUACCAAUCCCUUAAUGGGUGGUGUCCCAAAGGCUGGUGGUUUUCCUCCACUUAGUGCUCAUGGUCCAUUUCAGCCCACCCAAGCUGCUCUUCCAACAUCCCUUGCUGGCUGGAUGGCUAAUCCUUCUCCAGUUCCACACCCUUCAGCUUCUGCAGGAGUAGGACCCAUAGGUUUGGCCACAGCUAAUAGUGCAGCAGCUCUUUUAAAGCGCCCUAGAACUCCUCCUUCCAAUAACCCUGCUAUGGACUAUCAAACUGCAGAUUCAGAUCAUGUAAUGAAGAGAACAAGACCUUUUGGCAUAUCAGAUGAGGUCAAUAAUCUACCAGUAAAUUUGCUUCCCGUUGGAUACUCCAGCCAGAGCCAUGGUCAGAGCUCUUAUUCCUCGGAUGACUUGCCCAAGACUGCUGUGAUGACUCUCAACCAAGGUUCGAUUGUCAAGAGUCUAGACUUCCAUCCACUUCAGCAAAUUCUACUUCUUGUUGGAACAAACAUGGGGGAUGUCAUGGUGUGGGAUAUAGGUAGUCGUGAAAGGAUUGCUCAUAGAAAUUUUAAGGUUUGGGAACUCGGUGUAUGUUCAGUGGCUUUACAGGCGUCCCUUUCCAACGAGUACACAGCAUCAGUUAAUCGUGUGGUGUGGAGUCCUGAUGGAACACUUUGCAGUGUUGCUUAUUCUAAACAUAUUGUCCACAUAUAUUCAUAUCAUGGCGGGGAUGAUCUGAGAAACCACCUAGAGAUUGAGGCACAUGCUGGGAGUGUCAAUGAUCUGGCCUUUUCUUACCCAAAUAAACAGCUUUGUGUUGUAACAUGUGGAGAGGAUAGGGUCAUCAAGGUAUGGGAUGCAGUCACUGGUGCAAAGCAAUUUACUUUUGAGGGCCAUGAAGCACCUGUAUAUUCUGUAUGCCCUCAUCACAAAGAAAAUAUCCAGUUUAUCUUCUCAACUGCAACUGAUGGAAAAAUAAAGGCAUGGCUGUAUGAUAACGUGGGCUCCAGGGUUGACUAUGAUGCACCUGGCCAUUCAUCUACCACAAUGUCAUAUAGCGCUGAUGGGACAAGGUUGUUUUCGUGCGGAACAAAUAAAGAAGGGGAGUCAUUUCUUGUUGAAUGGAAUGAAAGUGAGGGAGCCGUGAAACGUACAUAUCAUGGUCUUGGGAAGAGAUCUGUAGGUGUUGUGCAAUUUGAUACCACUAAGAAUAGGUUUUUAGCUGCUGGUGAUGAGUUUACGGUCAAAUUCUGGGACAUGGAUAAUACUAGCUUGUUAACAAGUGUUGAUGCAGAUGGUGGAUUAUCGGCUUCUCCAUGUAUUAGAUUUAAUAAGGAUGGAAUACUAUUGGCCAUCUCCACAAGUGACAAUGGAGUUAAAAUUUUAGCAAAUGCAGAAGGUAUUAGACUGCUCCGGACUGUGGAGAAUGCUUCCAGAGUUGCUUCUGCAGCUGCUGUGAAGCCACCUACUAUUGGAACUUUUCCUUCUACCAAUGUUGCUGUUGGAACAAGCCUUGCUGAUAGAAUUCCUCCUGUACCAGCCAUGGUUGGGCUUAAUAAUGAUUCUCGAAGUUUAGUUGAUGUCAAACCCAGAAUUGUUGAUGAAGCUGUGGAAAAAUCUAGGAUAUGGAAGUUAACAGAGAUUAACGAACCAUCACAAUGCCGCUCCUUGAAGCUUCCGGAUGGUUUAUCAUCAAUGAGGGUUUCUAGGUUAAUUUAUACCAACCAAGGGGUUGCGAUUUUAGCUUUGGCAGCAAAUGCCGUUCACAAGCUUUGGAAAUGGCAGAAAAAUGAGCGUAACCCUUCAGGCAAGGCCACUGCAAGUAUUCAACCACAACUAUGGCAACCAUCUAGUGGAAUAUUGAUGACUAACGAGAUAGGUGAAACUAACCCUGAGGAUGCUGUGUCAUGUUUUGCACUGUCCAAGAAUGAUUCUUAUGUUAUGUCUGCAUCUGGAGGAAAAAUUUCCUUGUUCAAUAUGAUGACAUUCAAGACAAUGACAACUUUCAUGCCACCACCACCAGCUGCCACAUUUCUUGCAUUCCAUCCUCAAGAUAACAAUAUUAUUGCUAUUGGCAUGGAUGAUUCUUCCAUACAAAUUUACAAUGUUCGAGUGGAUGAGGUGAAAACCAAAUUAAACGGUCAUCAGAAGAGAAUCACUGGUCUUGCUUUUUCUCACGUUCUAAAUGUUCUUGUAUCAUCUGGAGCUGACUCUCAGUUGUGUGUAUGGAGCACGGAUGGAUGGGAAAAGCAAACAAAUAAGUUCCUACAAAUGCCAAAUGGACGAGCACCAGCACCUCUUGCAGACACUCGUGUUCAAUUUCAUUUAGACCAGACACAUUUACUGGCUGUUCAUGAAACUCAAAUAGCAAUAUACGAGGCCCCAAAAUUGGAAUGCCUAAAACAGUGGAUGCCUCGGGAAGCUAGUGGUUCAAUCACACAUGCUACGUAUUCAUGUGAUAGUCAAUCAAUAUAUGUAAGCUUUGAAGAUGGAGGUAUUGGUGUUCUUACUGCCUCAACGCUCAGAUUAAGAUGCAGAAUAAAUCAAACUGCUUAUCUCCAUCCCAAUCCAAGUCUGAGAGUAUACCCUCUUGUGAUUGCUGCACAUCCCUCGGAAUCCAAUCAAUUUGCAUUAGGGCUUACAGACGGUGGAGUGCAUGUACUUGAACCACUAGAAGCAGAAGGAAGGUGGGGUUCUCCGCCUCCAACCGAAAACGGUGCUGGUCCUAGCACUCCUUCAGGUGCCUCUGUCUCAGAGCAACCCCAAAGGUGA